AUGGACCCCUCCCUGGUUUUAUUUCACCGCUCCGUCUCUCUCUCUCUCGCAUUAUUUCUUGGAUUUUCUUUCUUCAAAUCGCCUCGCCGAUAUAAACUCCGCCGGGUGUUCCAGCCGUCCGUCUCUCUUCUCCUUUUCCGGUCGUUUUUCAUCUCUUCCGUGCUAGCGAUCGUCUCACUUCAUCGUUUCUUCGUUGGGUCUUCGACAUCUUCAUUCUUCUCUUUUGGUGUUGCUCCCACACGAAUAGAUCAAGAUCCAAUGCAUGUGCCAUAUGAAGAUGAUGACUUGCACCAAAUCCACAACGGAAGCGUGAUCGUCGAUGACCAUGCUGAUGGUGGCAAUGGUGGUGGGAUGAGUGAAGGAGUGGAAACAGACAUUCCUUCUCACCCUGGAAAUAUAACUGACAAUCGUGGUGAAGUGGUCGACCGUGGUAACGAACAAGGAGAUCAACUGACGUUGUCUUUUCAAGGACAAGUCUACGUUUUUGACAGCGUCUUGCCUGAAAAGGUACAAGCUGUGCUUCUAUUAUUGGGUGGGCGUGAAUUACCUCAGGCACCCCCUACAGGCCUAGUAGCAUCAUCUCAUCAGAACAAUAGGGUUUUGGGUUUGCCUGGUACUCCUCAAAGGUUUAGUAUGCCACAGCGGUUGGCUUCUUUGGUCAGAUUUCGAGAGAAACGAAAAGGGAGGAAUUUUGAUAAGAAGAUUAGGUAUACAGUCCGCAAGGAGGUAGCUUUGAGGAUGCAACGCAAUAAAGGUCAGUUCACAUCUGCCAAGCCAAACAAUGAUGAAGCCGCAUCUGCUGGAUCUAGUUGGGGGUCGAACCAAACCUGGGCUAUAGAAGGCUGCGAGGCUCAGAAUCAAGAGAUCUCAUGUCGGCACUGUGGAAUCGGUGAGAAGUCAACUCCAAUGAUGCGGCGUGGACCUGAAGGGCCAAGAACACUUUGCAAUGCAUGUGGACUUAUAGACUUAUCCAAAGGCGCUCCUCAAACAGCGCAAAAUGCCCCGUUAAAUAAGAAUGAAGAUGCAAAUCAUGAGGCUGGUGAAAUGAUGGUAGUAGUGGCCGAUAACAAAGAGAUUCCGGGACACAAAAGCAAAGCUUUCUCCUUUUGGGCAUCUUUUGAUUUUCUCUGGAAAAAAAACCCAUACUUGCAUGCUCUAAACACUUCCGAAAUGCAAUUGUCGCAUCGCUUGUUCUCUCGCCUUCUUCAUUCCCCAGGGAGAUGUUACAGAAGAACAAGUGUCGGCGGCUCACUUCACCUAUUGUUGCAAUUCGACGAGAAAAGCGAUGGGUUUGUCGAAUCUCACCGGAGUUUCAGCUCUCUUAUCCGUUCGAAUUCGCAGUUAAGAGGGUUUCUCUCCACAAACUGUUCAAUUAAAGGUCCUGGUGUGCGAUGUUCUGUUUCGCUCGAGAGAGAUAAUCCUUUGAUUGAUUCCUACUCCUCUCACCGGAGUUUCUUCACUAGGGCGAAACAAGUGAAGAGAAUUGAGAUCAAUGAUCGACACAGUCAAAGAGCUGUCAAUACUGCACUAUGGUGCAACUUCCUUGUGUUUUCGCUCAAGUUUGGGGUUUGGUGGACAAGUUCUAGCCAUGUCAUAAUGGCUGAAGUAGUUCACUCUGUCGCUGAUUUUGCUAACCAGGCGCUUCUUGCUUAUGGGCUCAGUAGCUCGAGGCGUGCACCAGAUGCACUUCAUCCCUAUGGAUACUCAAAGGAAAGAUUUGUAUGGUCUUUGAUAUCUGCUGUUGGAAUCUUUUGCCUUGGGUCUGGUGCUACCAUAGUUAAUGGAGUACAGAACUUGUGGACUUCUCAGCCACCUCCGAACAUGGAAUAUGCUGCUUUGGUAAUUGGUGGCUCUUUUCUAAUUGAAGGUGCUUCGCUUCUUGUUGCAAUUCAAGCUGUCAAAAAAGGAGCUGCACAAGAAGGCAUGACCGUAAGAGAUUAUAUAUGGCGUGGUCAUGAUCCCACUUCUGUUGCUGUUAUGACCGAGGAUGGCGCUGCAGUGACAGGUUUGGCGAUUGCUGCGGCAUCUCUUGUUGCUGUUAACGUGACAGGGAAUCCCAUCUAUGAUCCUAUAGGGUCGAUUGUUGUCGGGAAUUUACUUGGAAUGGUGGCUAUAUUUCUCAUUCAAAGGAACCGGCAUGCCUUGAUCGGAAGAGCAAUGGAUGAUCAAGACAUGCGUAAAGUGCUUCAGUUUUUGAAGAACGACUCGGUUGUAGAUGCUUUAUAUGAUUGCAAAAGUGAAGUCAUUGGUCCUGGAUCCUUCAGAUUCAAAGCUGAAAUAGAUUUCAACGGGCAGGUUGUUGUCCAAAACUAUCUGAAGAGAACUGGGCGUGAUGAGUGGGCGAAACAGUUUCGGGAGGCUGCAAAGAGAGGAGAUGAUGAUUCAGCAAUGCUGGACAUUAUGUCAAACUACGGUGAGGAAGUUGUCACGGCUUUAGGAAGCGAAGUGGACCGGUUAGAGAAAGAGAUUCAAGAGCUUGUCCCUGGAAUCCAGCACGUUGACAUCGAAGCACACAAUCCCGUAGACCAAUCUCUAUGAUCUAGAUCUGAGUUAUCGAUACAUUGUCUUAGCCUCAAGAAAAUGGAAGCAACAAGACUGGUUGUAGUAAAAGCAUGGCACUCGAGAGUGUUUUAUUUCAGGUGUCUGAUUAGGCAAAACUUUCAGAUGGAUUCUUCUCUAUCUUGUUUAUGAUAUUGCAGAAGACAUCAAAUUUGUAUUUGUUAUCUUCCUCGAACACGUGGAACUCCACUGAAGUGUGUAUUUGGUUAAUGCUAAUUAGAUUGAAGAAUAGUGAGAGGGGCUUUUUGAUCGAAGGAAAUUGCAAGUGUUAAACUCAUACAUGUAAAAUUUGUCUCUUGAAUUCUUUAUGGUUGACCAAAUGAAAAA